GCUGUGCUCUAUGUGAUCCUGAGAGUGCUCAAGAUGAAAACGGUGACCAACGUAUCCGUCCUGAACCAGACUCUCGCACUGUGGCCAGCCCGCACUGCCGAGCACCUGCUGCAGCACCAGCCCUUUGGGGAGUCACUCUGCAAACUGGUACUAGCCCUGGAUCACUACACCAUCUUCUCCAGUGUCUACUUCUUGGCCGCAAUGAGUGUGGACCGCUACCUGGUGAUGCCAGCCACAAGGUCCCGCCGCAAGCCCAGGCGCACCCUGGGGGGCAAAGUGGCUGGCCUAUGUGUCUGGCUGGGCGUCACCACCCUGGUCCCGCCCUUCUUCUCUGCCCAUGACUACAGCAAUGAGCUGCAGGUGCCCAGCUGUGGGCUGAGCUUCCGGCCUGAGCAGGCCUGGCUCAAGGCCAGCCGCAUCUACACCUUGGUGCCGGGCCUCGUGGUGCCCCGUGUACCCUCUGUGUGCUCUAGUGGACUUGUGUAGGCUGCGGCCAUGCGGCUUCGCUCCGGUGCCAAGGUCCUGAGCAAGGCCAAGCGCGUGGUGACUGCUCCAGUCCUUGCUGUGCUGGCUGCGUGCGUCCUUUGCUGGGCACCAUCCCACUUGGCCCCAGAUGUGCCCCAGACACCCCUGGUCACCGGCAUCUCCCACGUCUCACCAGCUCAGUAUGCCAAUGCAUGCCUCAGCCCCUUCCUGGAUGCAUUCCUGGAUGACGGCUUCCUCAAGAAUUUCCAUGCCAUGGUCCUGUGCUGGGGGUCUGAACACCCCUGCCAUGCCAUUUCUACCAGCCUCCGGGUUGUGGGCCAGGGGCACGUUCACCAAGACUAUCUGGCGGGUCUGGAUUCAUUGCCCCGCUCCGGGCCUGGUUCCCAGCUGGCCUCAUGCGGAUAUCUUCACACCGUAGGUGCCAACCCAGUUUCCUCUGUAGACCCAGACCCUUGCCGCCCUCAUCCUGGACCCAGCAAUGGGAGCAACCUUCCUCCCUCCCUCUGCAGCACCUCCGGGGACACUGCACGGACCAAGCAGCAGGCACAACCAGGAGCCAGCAAGACUGGAGCGGAGUAA